CUCCGCGAUAGUCGACGAGCCAGCACGUUCGUCGAGAACGGCGCGCGCUCGCACCGAACGCGUUCUAAAAUUCAAAAUUAGGACAUUGGUUCAAAAAACAUAGUGCCACAAAUUAUCAGCCAGUUCUGUUUUGUUUCUCAUGAUUCAAUUUUAAUAUUUUAGUGAAUGUUUAUCGUUUUUUAAGGCGACAUGGGAUCCUAUAAAACGAUAUGGCGAAGUCUUUUGCUUUUAGCAAUUGUAUCGAUAGAGACACAAGCGCAGAAAACGAAAUCAGAAGACAACAGUGUCCAAGCGGUUCCGAGUGAUCUACGAAGAGCUGUCAGCGAAGCCCUAGCCUUAGAAAGGCGAUUCCUACUAGGAGCUAAUGACGCGCAUAAUUGUUCAGAAUCUGAAGAAGAUGAAAUAAGCAACACACCGUGUCCCCCUAGCAAGUAUCGCAGUGCGAGCGGGGAAUGUAACAAUGUGAGGCAUCGACCGUGGGGACGGCGAGGGGACGUGUUCCUCCGACUAUUACCCCCAAAUUAUGCGGAUAGUAUCUAUCAACCACUUGCACCUCCUCGUGUUCCCGAACCAGCACUCGCUAUCCAAGCAGUUUCACAACUGGCACUGCCCGUGGAACAUGACUACGUGACCAGCAUGCUUGCAGCUUGGGGACAGUUCCUUAUGGAUGAUCUCAUUGCAACAAAUAAUGGCAACAAAAAAUGUGAAGGUUCACAUUGCGAAUAUGUUCGUUCUGCACCGACGAGAAAUAUUGAUAACUGUGGAUAUGAAUAUCGCGAUCAAAUGAAUUUAGCGACAUCUGUCCUUGAUGGAUCCGCUCUUUACGGAAGCUCUGAAAAAGAAUUGCGUUCACUUCGAUUAUACGAUGCUGGGAAAAUGGAUGUUGCUUCCUGUCGCAAGUGCAAUGAUGGCUCUCCAACCGCUCCCUUAUACAAAACGUUAUUAGCUGAACACAACCGUAUUGCUGGAGAAUUGUACUCGAUGAAUCCUUUCUGGGAAGAUAACGCACUUUUCUUGGAGGCCCGUCGAGCAAUCGCUGCUGUUAUCCAACAUAUCACGUACAAUGAAUUUCUCCCGGUAUUAUUAGGAGAGGUUGGAAUGGCUAAAGCUGAGUUAAAAUUAACUUCCCUCGGAUUCUGGCGUGGAUACUCCAGUUCUAAUCGUGCUGGUGCAUACGCUGAAUUAGUUUCUGUAGCACCUAUUUUCGACGCUAUGAUGAACGAAAAACUGAUAAACACAACGGUAACUCUAAAUGACCUUGUUAAAACAAGUGCACAUCAAGUCUCCAGAUUUACGCCAUCAGCACAAUGGCAUCUCAACCGAGCUCGUGAUCAUGGUGUGCCAUCUUAUUUAAAAGUUCUUCGUAUGUGUGAUCCAAUGGCUAACAUUAAGUCAUACGCUGACUUCGAAAAACUUGGGUUUGAUAGGACUCAUCAAGAAAUGAUGGCUGAUAUGUACAGAAAUGCUGACGAUAUUGAGCUGAUGAUGGCAGGAGCUAUGGAAAAACCGGCAUCUGGAGCUGUGAUUGGGUCUACUCUAGCAUGUGUUCUAGCAAUGCAGUUUGCUAACCUAAAAAAAAGUGACAGAUUUUGGUAUGAAAAUGAUUUACCUCCAUCAUCGUUCGCUCCUGAACAACUAGCAGCCAUCAGGAAGGUGUCCCUUUCUGGACUUUUAUGUGCCGCCGAUGAUUCCCUCGACAACGUUCAACCUAAAGCAUUUGUCAAAGAAGAUCCCUAUUUGAACGCUGCCCAACAAUGUUCUCAACACAGUCGCCUUGAGUUAUCAGCGUGGCGUGAUGAGAACGGUGCAAAAGCAGCUGAACGGCUCUCACAGGAUAUGCUUGCUGCUGCUCUGCACAAAGCCAAGCAGGAAAUGGCUGACAGAAAGAAACUCGAGUACAUGCUGUGGGAAGCCCAUGGAGGAGCAGAUCCUAAAUCUCCAGUUGGUACUGCGGCAUCCUUUUCAAAAGCAAAUAAAUACGCUUUGAAACUUGCCAAUACUUCACUAUUCUUUGAAUUCGCUACAAACGAACUUCUUAAUUCUGUUAAUGGGCGUCGUCGCAAGCGUCAAAUAUUCGACGAUUCACUUGGUUUCGGUACCUCCAAUGAGUUUGUGGAUUCUUUACAAUCAGUCGAUGUGAGCAGCUUCCUUGGUCAAGACCAAGUUGGACCAAUUAUCGAACCUCAAUGUGACGAUAACGGCAACUGUGAUCCAGAUAGCCCGUUCAGAACUUAUACAGGAUAUUGCAACAAUCUACGUAAUCCUAAUUUAGGAAAAAGUUUGACAACUUUCGCAAGAUUACUACCACCAGUCUAUGAAGAUGGUGUAAGCCGUCCUCGUAUCAAUUCGGUAACUGGAACUCCGCUGCCCUCUCCUCGUAUCGUAUCAACAGUCAUACAUCCCGACAUAUCAAACUUACACACACGGUACACAUUAAUGGUAAUGCAGUUCGCACAGUUCCUCGAUCACGAACUCACUAUGACGCCUAUUCAUAAAGGUUUCCACGAAUCUAUACCAGACUGCAGAUCGUGUGACUCUCCGCGUACAGUUCACCCUGAAUGCAAUCCGUUCCCAGUGCCACGCGGUGAUCACUACUACCCCGAAGUAAACAUAACCUCAGGCGAGCGUCUCUGCUUCCCAUUCAUGAGGAGUUUGCCGGGACAACAGCAAUUGGGACCUCGUGAACAAGUUAAUCAAAACACUGCUUUCCUUGAUGCUUCGGUCAUCUAUGGAGAAAAUCCUUGUAUUGUACGUAAGCUUCGAGGCUUCAACGGCCGACUGAACGCUACCGCCAACCCUCUUAAUGGCAGAGAUUUAUUGCCACGUUCCGACAGCCACCCCGAGUGUAAAGCAGCAAGCGGUUUUUGUUUCAUUGCUGGUGACGGCAGAGCAUCUGAACAACCUGGUCUAACUGCCAUUCACACUAUCUUCCUUCGUGAACACAACCGCCUGGUCGAAGGUUUACGUGGAGUGAACCCCCACUGGGAUGCCGAUUUACUAUUCGAACACGCUCGUCGUAUUGUUGCUGCGCAGUUCACACACAUCAUUUACAACGAAUUUCUUCCACGAUUGUUAUCUUGGAAUGCUGUUAAUCUAUAUGGGCUGAAACUAUUGCCUUCAGGUUACUAUAAAGAAUACUCUCCCACCUGCAAUCCCGCUAUUGUAACCGAGUUUGCUGCCGCUGCAUUCCGAUUUGGUCAUUCACUAUUGAGGCCACAUUUGCCACGUCUUUCACCAACUUACCAACCUGUUGAUCCACCAAUUCUACUCAGAGAUGGAUUCUUCAGACCCGACAUGUUUAUGAACCACCCACCAAUGGUUGACGAACUCAUGCGUGGUCUGGCAUCCACUCCAAUGGAAACUCUCGACCAAUUCAUCACCGGCGAAGUCACAAACCACCUGUUUGAAGAUCGUCGUAUACCUUUUUCUGGAAUUGAUUUAGUCGCUCUUAAUGUCCAAAGAGCAAGAGAUCACGGUAUCCCAAGCUAUAACAACUACAGAGCCUUAUGUAAUCUUAAGAGAGCUACAACUUUCGAAGAUUUGGCUAGAGAAAUCCCAGAUGAAGUUAUUGCGAGAUUCAAGAGGAUAUACGCAACUGUAGACGACAUUGAUCUUUUCCCUGGUGGCAUGAGCGAGCGUCCUCUGCAAGGAGGUCUCGUCGGCCCUACAUUCGCUUGCAUCAUCGCUAUUCAGUUCAGACAACUCAGAAAAUGUGAUCGUUUCUGGUAUGAAAACGAUAAUAGAGCGGCUCGUUUUACGGAACAACAGCUCUCGGAAAUCCGCAAAUCGACGCUCUCCAAGGUGCUCUGCGAUAACUUUGACAUUGCGAGUGAUAUUCAACGUGCUUCUUUUGACCUUCCUAGCAAUUUCCUGAACCCCCGUGUCCCAUGUGCAUCGUUACCGAAGUUAGACCUAUCAGCGUGGCGUGAGAGUUCAACUCAAGGUUGUCUGAUCGCAGGCCGCUCUGUACCACUCAGUGAUUCAGCUUUCCCGUCUCCCUGUACUUCUUGCAUCUGUACCGUCGAAGGGGCUCAGUGCGCAUCCCUCCGUAUAACGGACUGCGCACAGCUCUGGCGCGAAUGGCCGCGCGAGGCGGUGCUGCGCGACGACGUGUGUACGGCGCAGUGCGGAGCCGCGCCGACGCAGCCGCGCGCACCAAGGAGACCGCAUCUCAACUUCAAGUUCCCGGACUUAACACCUUUUAUCGCCAAGUGAGACGAUUUGAACGCGGCAAAUGUGAAAAGUGAUGUGACUUAUAAACCCAGUGAUGUGAGUGAAUGAAAACUUACAAAUAAUAUGUAAUGAUCCAAUAUCGAUACAAACAAUGCAGUUUCAAAUGUUAUUAUAAUAAUUGUAAUCCAUCGUAUAAAUUUAGAGUCAAGUUAAAUAUUUACAAGUUAAAAGAAUAUAAAAGCAAAUACUUUAUAUAUAACUGAACAAUGUGAAUGCAAGGGUUUAUAUGAAACGCCCAAUGACAUUUUUAUUUUUAUAAGUGGUCAUAAAUGAAUUGCUUGCGCGAACAUAACUAGUAUCAUAUACAUUACAUUUCUACCAUAAUAUGAAUGUAAGUAUUAAAUAUCUCUUUAAUUAUUAUCAACAAUAAAACAUCGGUAACCCGUGUUACUAUUAAAAAAUAAACAAGUCAUUUGAAACAAGGUCACAUAAAUAAACGUGAUGUGACAAUGCGCAUUUACGGCCAUCUUAAGCUUUAAUUUAAAAAAAUGAAACGAUACAAAAUAAUUUAAGAUUACUAUAUAAGUCUCAAAUAUCACAACCACCAAUAUAUUGUUACUAUUAACAGAAUUUUACCAUUCAUGUUACCAUUAAACGUACAAGAUUAAUAGGGGUCGAUUAAAAAAUAAUUUAAUAAAAAUAGUCCUUUGUAAAAUAAUAAAACUUCUCACUGCCUAGGUUUCUGUCUAAUGUUAAGUUUAUGUAAAUUAUUUUUGUAAAAUAUUGGCAUAAUUAUUUUUUUACUUAGU